AUCCACUUUUUGACAGUCACUCCAAAAAGUGAGGUUAGAAUCGUCGUGUUUUUGCUUUUUCAUUGCAUUUUCCAAGUCAUUUUAUCUGCAAAAAUACGUGAAAAAAUGCCCCCGUCUGAUGUUGUUGUGAACAAGGUGAUUGUCCACCCGCUGGUGCUGCUGAGUGUGGUGGAUCAUUUCAAUAGAAUGGGCAAAAUAGGCAAUCAGAAGCGUGUUGUUGGGGUGCUCCUUGGAUGCUGGCGUGCCAAGGGGGUCCUUGAUGUGUCCAAUAGCUUUGCUGUGCCCUUCGAUGAGGACGACAAGGAGAAGUCUGUGUGGUUCCUGGAUCACGACUACCUGGAGAAUAUGUAUGCCAUGUUCAAGAAGGUGAAUGCCAGGGAGAGAGUUGUGGGAUGGUAUCACACUGGACCGAAGCUCCAUCAGAAUGAUAUUGCCAUUAAUGAACUGAUUAGGCGCUACUGUCCCAAUUCCGUGCUCGUGAUCAUUGAUGCAAAACCCAAGGAUUUGGGAUUACCCACAGAGGCAUACCAUGCCGUUGAGGAAGUUCAUGAUGAUGGCACUCCGACUUCCAAGACAUUUGAACAUGUUCCCAGUGAGAUUGGGGCUGAGGAAGCUGAAGAAGUUGGUGUGGAGCAUCUUUUGAGGGAUAUCAAGGAUACAACUGUCGGGAGCCUGUCGCAGAAAAUAACAAAUCAAUUGAUGGGGUUGAAGGGGCUAAAUCAGCAGCUCAGAAAUAUUCAGAAGUAUCUCGUAAAGGUGGGAAAUGAUCAACUUCCUGUGAAUCAUCAAAUCGUGUAUCAGCUGCAGGAUAUUCUGAAUCUCCUGCCGGAUAUUACACAUGAUAAUUUCACCGACACACUCUACAUCAAGACGAAUGAUCAGAUGCUGGUUGUUUACCUUGCAUCCUUGGUCAGGUCAAUAAUUGCCCUCCACAAUCUCAUCAAUAACAAACUCACCAACAGGGAUGCAGAGGAGGGAAAGAAGGAGGAAGGAAAGGAUAAGAAAGAUAAGGAGAAUAAGGAACUGAAAGAGGGAAAAGAUGGAAAGAAGGAGAAGGAUGAGAAGGAAGGAGAGAAAAAGGAAAAAUCCAAGGAUGAAAAGAAAAAGUAACACCCCAAACAAUUUAAUAUUGUUCUUUUUUAAUUAAUCCUCUCUUAAUCGUAAUAAAUUAAUUCGAUUUAUGAGAAA